AUGUUAACAUUGUUCUGCGUCUUUGCCUUUCUAUCACCGAGUCUAGCUGCAGUGUCGAAAGCAGUGGACAAGUUGUUAGAAUCGGCAAUGGAUGAAGUCACAGUUGACCCAGAGAAGGAAUAUGAAUGUCUUCUAUACCGUUUGGAGGACAAACUUGACAGACUGGAGAAUAGAAUGACUAGGCUGGAAACUCGACAUGAGAACCGAACCUGGAAGCCACCCGUCAAACCAACAGGUCGACAAUAUGCAUUCAGCGCAUACCUGUCUGUCAGCAAUAGUGGCCUUCGUAGCAGUGGUGAUCUGAAGUUUACCACAGCCAUCUCGAAUGUCGGAGGAGCUUAUAACGAGCACACUGGUGUGUUCACAGCGAAGGCUAAAGGCCUGUACGUCUUCACUAUCUUUGCGCAUACCUAUACCUAUUCGAAGGUGUGUACCCUAAAUAUCAUCCACAACAACGAAACCAUCGCGAGUUCCUAUAGCUACGACAGAUAUGGAUUACCUACAUUUGGUAACACCGUCGUGGUUAAACUGGAUAGAAAAGAUGUGGUACAUGUUGCCAUAAAGUCAUCAAGUCAGUGCUAUCUGAGUGGCAAAUAUUCAACCUUCACAGGGUUUCAGCUGGGUGACUAA